CGAGGCGACCCUCGUUGUGAUCGUCACUUCAGGGCAACAAAAAAAAAUCAUCUCUCUCUCUCUCUCUUUCUUUUAUACUUUCUUUUCUGUCCGUCUCUCGUUUAUCCCUCUUGGAGUACUAAAUACUAGUACUUAGCCUUCUCUUGUUUCAAACACUGGGAAGGCCUUAGCUUCUAACAGCCCGACAUGUGUUGGUAAGAAGGUAUUCACACACUCUUUUUCAACAAGGUUUAAAUCAUAGCAGUUGUUAUGAUUGCCUAACCCAAUGAUAUCACCAUAUGUUACACAACGAGAAAGAUUAAAUCUAAAAAGAUAUGAGCCUGGAGGCAUCCAUGAUGAAGUCUUGUAUUUUUUCCCCCCACAUGCUUGGAAUAGUUAUUGAUACUAUGUGACGUAUUUUCUAGUUGGAUUUAACAUCUUGGAUUUGAUUUUCUCGGCAUUCAUUGGAAGGAGAAGAUAAUGAGAAGAUAUACAUUUCAUCAAAAGAGAGAGGAUUCCUAUAUUCUAAGGGAUAGUAAUUGCUGUGCUCACAAAGGCGGAAAGCCACGAUUGGAUUGAUGUCACUGACACUACGUCCACAUCCAUUGUGUCAUAGAUUGAAGGACGAUGUUACUGGAAACAAAGGCUGCACUACGGAGAGUAUCUCUGGUUCUUAAAAGAGAUGCAAUGAACCUUGAGACCUUGACCAGGAUGACAUUAGGGACACGAUAUUCUUUAUGUUAAGUACCUUUAUUGCCAAGCUUCUAUCAACUCACUCUGUCUAUCUGUAAAAAGUUGUUCCAAGUUAUUUCUUCCUUACCCAAUCUCGGAUCAAGUGGAAAUUUCAACCAAUUAUUUCUUCGGGAAUGAAAGUGAAAUAAAUCGUACUUGACAGAUGUGGUGGAAUAAACUGAGUUAGUCCUCUUCAGGAGGCUUGAGCACUGGGUGAAUUAAAAAAAAAGAUCUUUAUAAAAGCUAUUAAAGUAACAUCCACACAGACAGUGAUAGGGUCAUAACAUGACACGUCACAAUUGUGUAGCCUCAAGAGAUUGCUCAUGUUUCAUUUUCCUUGUCACGGACUAACUGUUCUGCAUAUGUUUUGUGUGAGUGUGUUGCUCCGUCAUCUCCAUUGUACUACGGAGUACCAGAGUCUGGAUACUUACUAAUGGAUAACACGGGCUGCAUCCACUCCACACGUGAGCAGUGUGUCACGCAAGGCCCUAGUUGCCUCAAUGCGCUCACUACUCGACCAGUUUUUCGUUAGUCUUCGCCUUAUUCACUCAUUGCUGCCGUUACUGCCAGUGACGUCAUGACAGAAGCUCUACCUCGUUCAUUCUAGCAUCUUGGAGACUUGUUCCAGGGCUUCAGAGUCCGGUGGACGUUGACCUUUAACCCUUUCGCCUUCGUAUAGGAGCUGAAAGGUCUGUGCAAAGAGGUUGUGACCUGUCAGAUGGCCACUAUGAUCAAACACCCUGACAAGGCCCAUGCUAUGCUGUUGGAGAACCUGCGAGUAAUAUCGGAGUACAGGCGUAGGUCCCUGGCUGAGAACUACAGGAGAGCCUCACUUGCACCAACAUGGAUGUUGAGUACACAUCAUCGUGGCUCCGGUUCAGCGCAAAGCGGGGAGGGCCUUGGCGGCCUAGGAGGGGGACAUGGCGUCCCUUACAGGCAUCAUUCAGGGCCCGCCAGCAUGCGCAAAAAGGACUCGGGAGGAGGCUCUAGGGGGCCCUCAUCCCCGUCCUCGACUGCCGAUGUGGGGAAAGACUUGGCGCCUCUAAGAGAUCAAAGGGAACAGUCGCCACUUUCACACGCCACUCCUACAGCCAAUCAGCACACCACACCCUCCUGUCUCAAGUCUCGCUCAGAACAAAAACGGCUAGAGGUCAAGAUCGCAGGCUACACCCCCAGUGCCCCAUCGCCGUCGUCCACAGCUGGGUCACUCAUCAGCAUGGGGGGUGCGGGUAAUCCGGAGGCAAGCCGGACAGGCGCAUCUCAUCCCAUGCCUAUUCCUUCCCACGGACGAUAUUACCCCUUCAACGACCCGAACCCACCGGACGCUUUCACCAUCGCUCGGUCACGCCAGCGGAGUAGGCGUGUUAUCCUCAAUGUGGGCGGUGUCAAGCACGAGGUCCUAUGGAGGACGCUCGACCGCAUGCCCCACACCCGCCUUGGAAAACUGAGGGACUGCAACUGUCAUGAGAUGCUCAUGGAGCUCUGCGAUGACUACAACCUGGCGGAGAACGAGUAUUUCUUUGACCGUCAUCCGAGGUCGUUCGCUUCCAUCCUAAACUUCUACCGCACAGGACGACUCCAUCUCGUGGAAGAGAUGUGCGUCCUUUCGUUCUCUGAGGACCUGGAAUACUGGGGAGUGGACGAGCUGUACCUGGAGUCCUGCUGCCAGCACCGGUACCACCAGCGUAAAGAGCAUGUGUACGAGGAGAUCCGGAAGGAAGCAGAGUCCAUCAGGCAGCGUGACGAGGACGAUUUUGGAACUGGCGCAUGCGCACGCUGGAGACAAAAAGUCUGGGAUCUGCUAGAAAAACCAACAACUUCCAUGGCAGCAAGAUGGCAGACAGCAGGCAAAGUCGUGGCCAUCAUCUCUAUCUUGUUCAUUGUGUUGUCCACCAUCGCCCUCACACUCAACACUAUACCGGCACUGCAAGACCGCGCUGACCCGUCCCUCAAUCAGGACAACGAAGACCUGGCCGUAGUGGAAGCCGUCUGCAUUGGUUGGUUCACUCUUGAAUACCUGGCCCGAUUCUGGGCGUCCCCCAACAAGUGGAAAUUUUUCAAGGGACCUUUGAACGUGAUCGACCUUCUGGCCAUAAUGCCCUAUUUUAUUUCUCUGGGUCUGACUGAGACCAACAAGAGUACAACCGAACAAUUUCAGAACGUCCGAAGAGUUGUGCAAAUUUUCAGAAUUAUGAGGAUUUUGCGCAUCUUGAAGCUUGCAAGGCAUUCUACCGGACUUCAGUCACUGGGAUACACGCUACAGCGCUCUUACAAAGAGCUUGGGAUGCUACUCAUGUUCUUAGCCAUAUUUAUUCUCCUCUUCUCCUCGCUGGCGUACUUUGCCGAGAAAGACGAGCCAGAGACAAAGUACAAAAGCAUUCCCGAGACGUUUUGGUGGGCUGCCAUUACGAUGACCACAGUAGGUUACGGGGACAUUUACCCUAAGACUGUGUUGGGCAAAGUUGUGGGCAGUGUUUGUUGUAUCUGCGGCGUGCUCGUCAUUGCCCUUCCAAUCCCCAUCAUUGUCAACAAUUUCGCCGAGUUUUACAAAGAUCAGAUGCGGCGAGAGAAGGCGUUCAAGAGAAGGGAGGCGCUAGAGAAGGCCAAGAGAACCGGAAGCAUCGUGUCUUUUCACUCCAUAAACCUCAGAGACGCUUUCGCAAGGAGCGUCGACCUGAUGGAGGUGAAUUCCCCCUCGCACAAAGCUCACCUCGACGCCAACGGAGGCGACUCGUGCAGCCUGGACAGUAAGCGGAGUCAGGGCGUGAUGUGCGGGGCCACCAACCCCGCCCACAGCAACGUAGCCCUUCAGCACGUGCUGCACCACCACGAGCACGGCAUGCUGAUGCCUCCGGGGCUCCCAGGGGGAAGCUGCGACGACCUGGUCACCAACUGCAGCACCAACAAUCUGCUGGACGCAGACGAAGAAUCUCUCAAGAGGAUGGCCUCAUCGCAGCCUCAGCUAAAUUUACAAUCUCAGGGAAGGGCAGAGACUGGUCGUACUGGGACUGGAAAGAGCUGUAUUGAGCUACAGCAGCUUCCGCGCCAAGGAAGCAAUGCAAGCAGUAGCGACACCUACAGCAGCUGCAUGACCCAGCCUCAUGGCAGUCCCAGAAGUUCAGGAGGUCACGCUGGAGGCGGUCAGGGAUCUGGGGACAGAUAUAAACAAAACCUUUACGUUAAUCCCAUGGAAGACACUUCCGGCUUGGAACCGGAAGUGGUGCAAUCGCCUGGUGGUACAUGCUACGACACAGUCUUCAAAGAGUCUCACCCGGACCCUCCUCCACACCUGCCCCAGCCUCAUCACCUUUUUCAUCAUCAUCAUCACCAACAGCUUCCAAAGCGGCCCCCACCUUUGAUAUAUCAGCAACAGCAACGACACGCCAACAGCUUUGGGGUCCAGCAAGAGACACGGUUUAACGGUAGCAGUUCUGUAGAAAGUCAACCGAUGGGAAGCCCCAGCUCUUGUCCCGGAAACCAGAUUGUACAGAAAUUGGACGAUGGAUUCACUGCCACUUGGGAGAGGGGCCCCAGCUCUUCGUACCCUGCAGCUCACCACCAACCUUUCCAUGCCGUGACCUCCUCACCCGGUAACAUUUGCGGCCUUGACCCACCUCAGCCAAUGACAAGCCCCGAUCACUCCCCUUCUGACUCUACGAGCCUCUUACAGGCUGAGAUAGAGACAAGCUUCCCCAGAAAGGCUAGCUUCAAACGCUACAAGUCGCUUUCCGUGGAGAAACACCCACGUGUGGCUAACAUCAAGGAGCGAAACUAUUCUUCCACGGACAGUCUCCACAUCAACGCCAGUGGCCGGCCGAGACUCAAGUUCCGAAAGGCUGUUUCCUUAGCCAGCCGCCUUCAGUCCAGCCCGUCUACAGGGCGGAAACUAGCAAACUAUCACCUUAUAUCAAACUCCAAGCCAGCUAUAGAGCCCAGUAGGCUUGGGAACAGGUCAGGAGACAUGGAAGAAAAGUGGUCUGUUCUUCAACGUUCUAGUCCAGCACUGCUUGAACCUUACCCCUCUUGCAUAAAGCCAAACAACAAUUGUGACAGUCAAAAGAAAGUCAAAACCCAGCAUCUGCUCACUUCUCCUUCGUCAGCCUCAGAAUCUUCUUACUCUAUUGGGCCUUUGUCCGCUGGUCAGAGACGAGCUCAUUGGAGAUACUUCAAUGCUAACAGCCACCCCCAGUCCAAUUGCGACAACAACCUAUCUCAGGCGGAUAAUGGAGGUAGGAGUCCACUCUACAGACACUCCUCCUUCCCCUUAACAGGACAGCAGCUGAUGACCUGCAUCAAUAUUGACUCCCCUGAUGACAACGAUGAUAACCUCAGCCCUCCUCCCACUACCUGCUCAAACAACAUUAAUAACAAUAACAGCCCUGUGAAUUGUGGGCUAGACUCAGCUCGUGGCCAUCGCACACUCCACAAUGGCAGACAGUUUUUGCCAGGUACCAUCUUGCAUUCUGAAGGUGAAGAGGAAGAUGAUGAAGAUGAUGAUGACGAUGAAGAAGAAGACAAUGGCGAUGUUGAGCAGGAGAAUAGGGCCAACCUUAUGGCCUGGCCCACAACGAAUGUCACUCAGAAACUGGCAGAGUCCGUCCUAAGCCCUAACAGUCAAGAGGGGGAAGGCAACAGCCAUCGUGGCUCAACAACUGGUCUUUCAUCAUCACCCUCCUCUAGUUCGUUGUCAGACCAUCACCUGCUCAAAUCUUCCCCAUCAUCGGAUCUCAUCCCUAAACAGCCUGGCUCUCAGAUUAGUGAAGAUCCCACCUCACAGUCACACAGCUUGUAUGAAACUGCAGACUCUCUUCCAGAUGACAGUGAAAGUGGCGUAGAUCCAUUUCUUGUCCACCCACCAAUUAGCCCUGCCAUGGCAUGCAAUGACAGCACCAUACACUUCCAGCAGCCCCAGGACCAGCUUGCUCAAGCUCAAACUCCUUUGCACCAGCUCGUGCCCCCUGUGGUUGGGGACACAACCAGUAAACUAGACAAUAAUUGUCAAUGCACAUCUAGUGGAGCCAGCGGCUAAAUUCUCUUGGCUCUUUGCAUACUCCAAUUUUAUUAUUUUUUAAUCAGUUUUGAUUCUCUGUGUCCUAAAUGAAUGUAGAUAUACUUUCAAAUUGUAGUUCCUUUAUAUGGACAUUCACAAUUUCUAAUUUAUUUUACUUUCAAUUUGUUGGACAUUCUUUCAGAUGCAAGAAUGUAAGAACUGCAAAAUUGUGGAUGCUGUCAACCUUUCAUAAGCCAGUGAUAUCAGACAAUGAUAUUUGCCUCUUCCCUCAAUUUCCUAAAGCUAAAGGUCUCUUCCUUUCCUUUACCAACCCUAUCACCCCUGUGAUUUAUAACAAUGCAUUGGAGAGUUGCAAGAAACCUUCCCUCAUGUGUGCCAACACUUCUCCGUCAGCUCACCAUCAUGGCCAAAUGUAUGGCAAGAAAUAUUUCACAAUCGGCAGGUUUAAUCUAGGCUUCCAAUUGGGCAAUACAAUGUAUUAACUGUUUGUAUGUACCUAAACUGUAAAUAUUCUAUCUCACUUUUUAAGUAUAUUUUACUAUCUAACUUAAAGUCCAAUAGGAUUCAUAUGCUUUUAAAUGAUAUCCCUUGGGCAUGUGUUUGUCUCUAUCAUAUUAGAAUACAUUCACAAUAUGAUGUGUAAACAUGAAGUUCCACUUUGUAGAAGCAAAAUAUUUUGACAUCGCUUAAUGGUAUAAAAAAAAGGAAAAAGUAAGAUUUGUUUACUUAAUUCUGUUGUGGUUGAAGAGUUUCCUUUCAGAACGAGUUUAAAGAUAUGUUGUACUAUGUUAGGUGAGCGCCAUAGAAGAGUUUAUUAUAACUUGGACUUAGGUCAGUAAAAGAAACACAUUUUAGAACAAUGUUUAAAUCUUUUUAAAUAGGCCUACCUAUUACCUGGAAAUAUAUUACAUUUAAGUUGUCUGUUCAAAAAGUGUUAUAUAGAAGGACAAGGUGUUCUUAUUAAGUUAUUUCAUAAAAACAUGAUUCCAUUUUUUUUGGAUGACGUAAGCUAAAGAUCUACUGUAAAAUGGACUCUUGGAAUAAACAUGGAAUCACUCUUAAAAUCAACAUGGAAUCAAUAUGCAUUUGAAGAUUCCUGAAAGAGGUUUUUUUUUCAAUCUUUUUUCUUGAUUGAUCACCCACCAGAGAACUGAGUGCACUCAUUGGAGCCACUAAGAACAAAUUGUUCAGACUAAGAAUGUUGCAGGUUACUUUGAACUUGACAUUCAGCAGCCUGCAUGUCUAACAAUUUUCCUUGAUAUACUGCAGCUAAUCAAGCACUAUUUAUAUCUUAUUAUCUAUUUGUUAGAAUUUUUUUCUUUCUUUUUUUCUUAUACAUAGAAUUAUGUCAAAUUAAACAAAUGCUCAAAUCUUUCUUUGAAUUUUUUGAUGUACAGUGUGUGCACACUUAGUUAUGAUUUAAAACACUGUAAGAUAUUUUUUUUCUUUCUAAUGUACUGUGAUACUGUCACCCCUGAGAUCGAGCUGCCAUGUUUUCUUGUAUUUAUUUGUCAAAGAUGAAAUCAAAAUAUUUUAAAAUAUAUUAUAACAAUGUAUCAUUUUUAUGACUAAGUUAAUUUUUACUUUUUGUAUUUAGUGUGAAAUGCAGGGGAAAAAACAUUACAUAAUAAAAAAAAACAUUUAAAUGUCAGAGCCACUAAAAAUAAAAUCUGCAUCUUAUUUAAAUCCUAAUUACUUAAGAAGUAACACAGGAUAAUUCUCUAAAUUUAAUAACAUUUCCUUCACAUGAUUAUUGAAAAAAAAUGUGCAUAUAAAUAUCCUUUUUAACAAUCUUUUAUUAAGGUUAUUUUUCCACUGAAAUAUUUUCAAUAAAACUCAUAUUUAGUUAAAGACAUUCAUUCUUUACAAAGUAAAUAUCACUUUUUUUACUUUAUUUUUCAUUUUGCAUAAUAGCAAAACAAAAUAGCAACCCAUUCAAUAUGAUUAUGGUAUUUUAUCAAAAGUCUUUUGUCUUUCUGAAUGUUAUUGUUGUCUGCACCAACUGUUCUCUGUGAAGAAGAAUGGUGUUUGAUAUAAAUGUGUUAACUACAAAGGAAUGAACAAGAUCACAGUGUAACCAAUGCCAUGCAAAAGUUGAUAAAACCAUAGCUUAUAUUUAUUUCAUCUGCUUUUCCUCAACUUAAUCCCAUCAGCCUUUAGGAUUGUUUCAGUAUUUAGUGCCAAGUUUUUUAGUGAAUCCAACUUCAACAUUUUUUUUUAUUAUGAUUAAAGGAACAAUUGUAAAUGAGAAUCAUUUUGUUUAGAAGGAUCUAUAUCUUAGUGAUGCCUAGUUUGCAGCAGGGGGAUAGAACUUUUAAAAAAGAAGUUAUCCUCACAUAGUUAGCAUUGCUAUUUUAAGACUUUAGAAGAAUUUGGAUAUGUCUAGAUGCUUCAACAAAAUUCAGUAUGUAAUUUUUCAUUUAUAUAACUAUUAAUAGAUGUGGAGCCUCUUAUUUUUCAUUUUUAUUUACUGUUUUGUUUGCUAUCAUUUUAGAAUAACAAAUGCUUGCUAAAGCUUACCAUAGACUAAUAGAAUGAUUGUACAUAUAUUUUGUUUCAAAAGUAAUAGUCCACCCAUGUACAUAGUCUACAGAUUUGUGUUCAUGUAGUUUGAAUUAUAAAUAAAUAUUUUCUCUACAAUGUUUUGUAUGAUGUACAUACAUUUUUAAAUUUUAAACUACAAUUCAAUGUACAGUUGUACAACUUAGAAAGAGACUGAGUUUCUAGUUCUAGCUGGCCAUGCACACACUUGCAUUGUGGCAUGGUUCUUAGGUUAUAAACAAUGUAUUGAAGUUGAGAUAAAGAUUCCAUGUAUAGUAAAACUGUGUUUUAGAAGAUAGAUUGCUUAUGUCAGUUUUUUUUUAGUUACUGAAUUUAUUACUAAACGCUGUCAAUUUGACUGGACAAAAAGUUCAAAUAAUCUCUCUAUUAUCUGGCCAAUGCAUAGAUUUGUCUAUAUUAAUAUAUUUUUUAAAUUUCUUUUUUAUUUUUGGAUUUAUGUUGAAUAAUGAACUCUUUUUUUUUCCUUGAAAUUUUGUGUCAAGUUUGAACACUGGUGAAAAAUAGAUUUCAAAAGUUUGAAUACACAGGGGAAAUUUAGUUCAACUUUUAAACUGUUUCUAAAACUAAACUGUACAAACUCUUAGUAGUCUAUAUGCAAUAGAGCAUUGUUUAACAUGUACCAGGAACAAAAUGCAUAAAAUAAUUGGGAUUUAUAGAAUAUUAUACUUGUAAUGUUAUUAACAUCAACUUAGAAAAAAUAAGAGGCCUUAAUGUUUUUCUUAAUAGAAGUGAGACAUGGUUUGUCAGAGCUCACUAAGGAGCAAGUUCCAUACCCUGGGGUCGUGUUCUUAGAUAAAUAUAAUUAACUACCAACAGAGAGGAGUUUACUGAGCUCAGGGAUACAUACAAUGUAAUCAAUUCCCUAAGUGAUAUUUCAUCUUUCAUUAUUUAUGCACUGAUGACAAAGAGUUCCCAUUUUUCAAUAAAUUCAUGUGCUCAGAGGAAGGCAGGGAGGUGUUUGCAAGAAAAAUGUCACAGAAAUUGUGCUUCAGCUUUUCUGGGUUCCCUCCCUGUACCUUUGGGAUUUUGUCAGGCAUACAGCUUCCAUCUGACACAGUAUUGUGUUAAAUAAACAAUGCAGGAGAGUGUGAAAGCCACAGUAAUCUCUUUUAAGUUAGUCCAUGGAAACAGGAGAUUGGAUCUGAGUGAAAAAUCUUUUUUUUUAAACUGAUCCGUUUCAAGUUAAUUUCAACAUAAAACAGUACAACUAAUAUUUUGUGAAACCCUUUUCUCUCUGUAGUUUAUGGUGCUGCCUAUGCAUAGUGUAGCUAAUAACCAAAUACUCUAAAGAAGGGAUCUGAAAGUCUCUUGAUAACAAAAUUUUGAUUAGCUUAUUCAGUUUGAGUAACAGAUAACCUGGAAAGUACUGAUGUGCCAUAUAGAUCUCUCAUCAGUUGAUUUCUAUAACUUAAAAACAAAUUAUAGUUUAACCUAUGUAUCUUUAAUAAUUUCUUUUCUUCAAAUGUGUGUCAAAUAGAGUAAGACAAAUAUUUUUUUACUGCUCUUGCCAAUGUCCUAUUCCUCUUUAAAAGUUAUGAAAUCAUGAGCUUUUUAUUCCUUUUAAUCUUCAAUCAAUUAUUGUAUUUUGAAAUAAUUAAUUUAAUCUUAUAUAGCAUUACUCUGUUUGUAAUAUUGAAGUAUCAAAUAGUGUGUACAUUUCCCUUUUUCGACAUUUCUAACUAUAUUUUUUUUACAUGUGUGUUUGUGUGAAUUUAUAAUUCUUUUAAACUUUCCAUUUGUAAGAUAAAAAUUUUAUAUUGAAGCUGUCACAAAAUCAACUGGAAAUAACAAGUAGAACAAUAGAUUAUUACCUUUUACAUUUCAAGAUAUUUAAUAUAAAUCCUUUACAUUUCCAAAGUACCGGUACAAAAAACAACUUUUCAACUAGGAUACCAUGCUUUUUACAGUGGUUAUUGUUUUGUUUAAUAUCUUUUUUUUUUUCAACAAUAAGCCAGUCAGAUCAGUUUUAUGUCUAGCUGGAGUCUAGUUCUUCUAAAUUGAUUUUAAAAUAAGGUUGAUACUGAGAUAACACCUUGCAUGUAAAUCUGUUAUUAUUUUGCUAAUUGAAACAAUCUAAUUGAUUGAAAGUUUUUGUAACCCUAAGAGAGAGUUUUUACAACACCCCUGGAAUCAAUUGAAAUAUAUUUCCAGCCUUCAAAUGAAAACAACAAAUGAGUACAAUUGAUCAUGUCCGAGCUGCAAUGAGGCAAAUUUACAUAUGGAGAGUGUAGUUUCAUGUUGACACUUCAUUCACAAAAUGAAAAAAAAAGAAUUAGAAACCUUGUGUUCCUCUAGUCAGUUCCUGUAACAUACAUUUAGUUAGGCUUUUCUUAUCUCUAGUUAGGUUUUAGCUUUACUAGUCAAAAAUUGAUUUCAUUGUUUCUAAAUACACAUCAGAUGAAUAAAUGUUGUUGAUUUCAUUCUUGUUAUUCAGUAGAUAAUUAGCUAAAUCAUGUGUAUGUCAGAUAAUAUUUGAUCCAACUAGCUUGACAAACAAAAAUGUUACUGUUCCAAUGCGGACUACACUUUGUAUAGUGAAUAUGCCCUACCCUUCCCUUUAAAUAAAAAUUAAUAACCUCUUACUAAAUUAUCAAUAAUGAAAAACAAAUAUACAAAGGGGACAUAUAAUCUUACCAGUUGACUCCCAAACAAAAGAAAAAUGUCAGUUUUCAAUGAAAUUGUUUCAAAUUGAGUGUUUGCUACUACCUAGUGUUUGUUAUUGAAUCAGUUAGUGAGUCAUUCAUUUAGACUUAGUUUGUCUCUUACUGUAUGCCAGUCAAAGAGUUGAAUCAGUUAGUGAGUGAGUAAUUAAUUUAGACUUAGUUUGUCUCUAACUGUAUGCCUGUCAAAGAAUGUUCAAUUCCUGUGAUAGUGGUUUUUAUAGACAAUUCAGCAUUGGUUAACUGCAAUUAUAACAAUCGUUUCAAUAAUAGAA